UAAAUCAUACAAGGCCCUCACAAUAUUGUUGUUGCUCCACGGCGCCCACGGACGACGCAACUAAAUAGCGUCUGUAGAAUUACCAACCAACGAAGUACCCUGGGCGUUUACAGUUAUACAUUAUUCCGCAUUCGAUUUCCAUAAAUAUUAAAGUAAGGAUCGUGGUUAGCGCAGCACAACGCGGUUACACAUUCCGCAAUGGACAAGGUGGCAGAAGAUUCGAAACCAUUGGAACAAGAAAAACUUGAUGUAGCAGAAAAUUUACCCAAACCUUCAGAGUCAUCAGUAAUACCAAUGGAGACCACGCCGAUUGAAACGAAACAACCUGAUAAUAUGUCAUCAACAGCCACUACUGUCACUACUUCUUCUGAGAGCAUACUCUCGGAAGUUGAAAAGAUGACAACUUCAUCUGAAAUAGCACAAUCUCAUACGUUGGAAAAUAAACAAGAACCAGAACUAAUGUCCCAACUUCCUGAUAAAGAAAAAGAUAUUCCUAUGGAUAUUGGUCGUCCUGUUUCAUCCACAGCUGAUAUGGAACAAAGUGUUUUCAAAACUCUAGAAUCAGCAGUCGAGAGUUCUCAUAAAACAGCCCCAUCACAAUUACAUGAUGUUCCGAUGGAAGAAAAAGAUACAAACUUAUUGGUAUCAUUGAGCAUUACUAGCUCUGUAUCUGCAUCUUCAGUUACGAUCCCAGUGAACACAACGGCCACAAUUCAACCACAACAAAAAUCAAUAUUUUCGAGUUUAUUUCCUUCUCCAGUUGCACCAUUGUCAAAAUUAGUUGAACCAGUGAAGGUUGAAAAACCUGAAUCUCCUUUAAUACUUGGAUCAGGGCAAACUUUACAGACUGUUCCAGAACAGCAUACAGAAGUAUCACCAAUCGAAGAUAAAACUAUGGAAGUAGAGCCAGCAAUUCCUUCAACAGAUGAUGGAAAAGUAUCGUCACCUGCUCCAAAAACCGUCACACCCGCAUCUUCUUCUGAAAUUAUCAAUGGUUCAAGUGAGGGGAAGGCUGUGGCUAGUAUGAUCGAUUCACCUGCACCGGAUCCAACCAUAGAUCCAAAUAUAGGAAAGACAGACCCCCUCAUGGUACCUGUCACAGAGAGUGCAAGUACUAGUACCCCAGCAAUGCAAGAUGUCCCAAUGACGGUUCCCGUAGGCAAAGAGAUCAAGACAGAAGUGAAACAUCCACCAAUAGCUACAAAAACGAUGAAACGAGAACAGAGAAAAACUUCAACAUCUUCUCCUACUGUUCCCGGCGGGGAAACUAGGAAGACUCAGAGAGCGAAAUCAUCUUCUACAAGCCCUGGUGGUGGAAAAUCAAAAAAGAAACGACCACCUCCAAAAGAAACGGACAACAGAAACGAUUUUUAUUGCUGGGUUUGUCAUAAAGAAGGUGAAGUGUUAUGCUGCGAACUUUGUCCAAGAGUUUUUCAUGCUAAAUGUUUAAGCAUGACUGAGGAGCCUGAAGGUGAUUGGUUUUGUCCCGAAUGUGAGAAGAUAACUGAAGCAGAAUGUAAAGAAACACAAAGUCGAGCAAUGUCAAUGUUAACAAUUGAUCAGUUCUCUCUUCUGUUGAAAUAUGUAAUCCAGAGAAUGAAACUUCCUAUGUCGGAACCAUUCCAUGAACCAGUUGAUACAAAGAUAUUCACAGAUUAUUAUGAUUAUGUUUUUCAUCCUAUGGAUCUGAGUACGAUAGAAAAGAGUGUUAAAAAGAGAAAAUAUGGAUGUCCUGAGGCAUUUAUCCUCGAUUUCAAGUGGGUUAUUCACAAUUGUAUUAUAUACAACAGUCAACAAUCAAAAUUAACACAAACAGCCAAAGCUAUGUUGAAAGUUGCUGAGAGGGAGUUGAAUGAGAUUGAAGUUUGUCCAGAAUGUUAUUUGAAUUCAUGUCGAAAACGAGAGAAUUGGUUUUGUGAACCAUGCAAAGAAUUACAUCCACUUGUGUGGGCUAAAUUACAAGGAUUUCCACACUGGCCUGCUAAGGCAUUAAGAAUAGAGAAAGGAAUGGUUGAUGUUCGCUUCUUUGGACAACAUGAUAGAGCAUGGAUUCCAUUGUCUGGAUGUUAUCUUAUAUCUAAAGAGCUACCUUUGCCAGUCAAAAAUAAAAAGAAAAGUAAAGGGCCGGGAAUGAAAGGGGGUUUAGAUGGCGCAAUGCAAGAGAUGCAAGGAUAUAUUGAGAAUAUCAAGAAGAUAACAGGAGAAUUUGAAUUUGCUCCACCACGUACAUUACUCACUCACUGUGAUUUGUACAGAAAAACAAUGUCAUCUGGUCAAGCUGGAAAGCAACAAGCAGAGCUUGAGGCCAAAGGAGCAAUUGGAACUUCAACAUCGAGAACAGACAGCGGCACUGGAAUUAAAGCUAAAGUUGAACUCAAAGACAUGAAGGAUCCGACAAAACUCAGAGGACCCGGGUCAACAACUCCUAAGAAGGGUAAAAUGGUGACAACAAGUGGGGAACAUCCCAAUCGACCUUUUGCUACUAAAAAGAAAAAAGCAUCUAUGGAAUUUUUGAACAAAACUAUAGAGUCGUGUAAAGCAUCACUAGGAAUUGAAAAAAUACAGGAUGUCAAGAUGAAUUCAGGAUCAGAAGAAACAACAUCUUCAUCAGAUGAUGAUGAUAACGAUAACGAAGAAGGAAAAGAAAAAAUUGAUGAUACCAAAAGUGCAAAAGAUACACCAAGUACUUCAACUGCUAAACCAUCUGCAGCACCAGAAGAUGAUGAUUCAGAUGCAGAGCUAGUGAUUGAUCUCGGGGACAUGGAUGACACUACCAAUGCUGAUGCUAAUAAGGCUGGAGAAGGAAAAUCAAAUGAAGUCAUCUCCAAAAAGCGUAAAAAUGACGACGGUACAAAACCACUCAAAUCAAUUUUGCUCAAUUCGGCAAAACCCACAGAAAAAGAGGACAGGAAAAAAAUGUUAGCUAAAGCACUAUCAGAAAAGAUAGCGACUGGCAAGCGGAAGCAUGGGGUUGAAGAUUCGCCUUCUGGGGCUUCACCCAGUACUAAAAUACGAAGAACACACGAAGAUAGAAGAAGUGGAUCUCCGAUUGAAUUAAUUCAAAAAUCUCUUCCUGGGAAAUCUGGUUUGAAAGAUAAGGAGAAAAAGAAAUCCCACAGUGGGAAGUACUUAGAGAAAGAUGGUUCUGGAAAGGUAAAAAGUGGAAUACUCAAGUCAUCAGAGAGUGGACUACAAAGAAAAGAUAGUUACCCAUCAGAGAAGAGAUUUCCUGAUUCGUCCAAACACAAGCAUAAAGAUGGAGCACAGAAACUUGGAAGCAAAAAACCUCCAGAUAAAUCUGGAAAGUUAGAUAAGUCCUAUGUUCCAACUGGUGCUGAUACACGUAAGUUAUUUAACGGUGGCCGAAUUCCUCGCAAAAAUCCGUCAACUAGCAUCGGUGAUGAAGAACAGAUCAGUAAUAAAGAUCCAAACGAUGAUAACAACAUGGAAACCAACCAAAUACAUGAAACAAGAAGAAGAAGUUUGGAACAGGCUCCAUCAAAUCCACAUAGCAAUGGGCCAAGACAUGUUGGUGCUGGUUUGAACAGACAAUUAUCGCUUGAACAAUCAAGGAAGAGUAUUGAUGAAAAUACAGCCAUGGAAAAUUUGAAGAAAUAUAGUGACAAGGUGAUGGACACUGUUCAGAAAGUAUUUUAUGAAAUGUAUACUGAUAUGAUGGUUCCAAUGCGAAAUGCUGGUAACGAAUCUAACAAUGUAGCAACUGCAACCGCCAUGCAUGAAGUUGCACAGAUGAGACUUGAACUUGAACGUUUGAAAUGGAUGCAUGAACAAGAGAUUGCUGAACUGAAGCACAACCAUGACCUUACUGUCGCUGAGAUACGACAGAGCCUUGAAUAUGAGAAAAAACAACUUUUGUUGGACGCAAAAGUACAAGCAGAAGAAGCCAAAAUUCGAGCAGUUGAUGAAGCUAAACGAAAACAGUGGUGUGCAUACUGCAACAAAGAAGCUAUCUUUUAUUGCUGCUGGAACACAAGUUAUUGUGACUAUCCGUGUCAACAGAAACAUUGGCCACAACAUAUGAACACUUGUACUCAAGCUAGGGAAAGCGGUGGAGGUGCGUCUACUGCUGGUGGAACCCAAGGUACAGCAAUGGAGACCAGUCUUUCACCUCCAUCCAGUACUGGAAAAGUUUCAACACUUUCCUCGAAACCUAUAAGUACAAACGUAUCGACUGCAAAACCAACAUCAAUGUUUGUGUCGCCUGGCAGAGCCACCAUUACAAUAUCUGCCAGUCCAGGUCACCUGAGCCGACUCACAUCAGGAAGUAAACAGACGCUUAUUUUGCCUCCGAGUGUAUCUGCUUCAAAACCAAGUUUUACUUCUACUGAUAGAGGUCCAUCUAAAAUUGUUCCUUUAUCUAUUGAACCAAAACCCAAAACAACAUCACAGACCAUUUCUGAGGAAAUUUCAGAUAAAACUAUGGCACCUGUGCAACAGAAAAGUGGUUUAGCAAUAAGCGCUAUUGGGGCUAGGCUAAUGGCAGCGAAACAACGGACAAAUAUAAAAGACCCGGUUGCGUCGAACUCGAAACCUACAAAAACUGUAAUCUCGAAGCGAGAUUCCCCUGUCAUUACAGAAGAUAAGAAACAGAAAACAUCCGAUCAUGUUAAAACAACAUUAGAUUCACCACUAAGUCCGGGUGCUAAUCCUCCUUCUCCAAAAGACCCAGUUUCAUCUCUAAAAACUAUAUCAAAAGUUGGUCAAAAAUCAGAAGAUAUCACUUCAGUUUCUAAAGAAACUAAAUCUUCAGAUGAAAACUUAGAUACUGAAAAACCCAAGUUACCAAUCGUUUCUUCUUCUGAGCAAACUGCUGUUCAAAUGUCUUCAUCAGCGGCACCUGUUCUAGCUGUGAGCAUGGCUACCACAAGUAAACCACAGAUAAAAGGUUCUACCAAACCAUAUUCUGCAAUAUUCUCAUCACCUUCUGCUGUGGCUUCCCUUAUAGCGGACAUGGGAACUCCCCUUUCUUCGACAUUGUCGUCACCUGAAUCAUCGUCAAGUUUUUCUGACACUCCAGAGAAAAAGCCGGAUGUAUCAAAAGUUCAAUUAUCAUUUGCUGGAUCUGCUUUCACAAAAGUCGUGCCGGAUGUCAAUAAACCCAUUCCUAUACAAAGUAGCAAAGAUGAAAAACCUAGCACAGCGAAUUUGACAUCGAAAAUAGCAAGUGUACCAACUGAUACAAGCUUGACUACAUUCAAACCUAUUGAUGACAAAAAUACAGUGGAAUCUGCUAAUACCAAGGUGGAUGAAAAGCCUACGGAAACUGUGCCUUUAGUAGCUCCAGUUCUUGCUGAUAGCUACUUAUCGAACUUGCAAAUGACGUUAGUUGAAAAAAUCGGCACUUCUCCAAUACCUCCGAUAGUGCCUGAUUCUCUCCCACCCACAGCUGGUAAUGAUGACAACAAAGACCUAAAUAUAGAGACGAAAAAUCCAGAUACUGAUGAACUUAUGGAGGUAAAAAGCAGUGGAUGAAACAGUCUGUGAGACUGUAGAUCUUUUAUUUUAACAUUCCAUGCACGGUGACCCUAAUAAUAUUCAGGUCUUUGUUAGAUCUUGUAAGUUUUGAGUGACUGUGAAAUUUAGUUGAAAAGUUAAUAAAGAAGCAAAGGUGUAAAAAGCAAAGGUGCCCGAACUGCUCAGUUCGGAUGUCACUAUCUUUCUUUUGUAAGCCAUGUAUCUUUGCAAUGAAUCAGGCGUUAAAUUGUCUCAUGAUUUUCAAAAACUGUUUUAUUCCAUAAUAAAUUUUAACAUAAUUGCACUAUUUUGUUGAAGAAUAUCCUAUCGUUUCAAAAUGACUCUGCUGAGUGACAUUCUGAAUCACCAACUUUGGUUUUUUCUGUUGAAGUAGACUUUCAUACUUCACACCUGCGGAUUAAGCAGGCCAGUGACCUAGUUUUUGCUUGCCCUCUAUCAAUAAGUAUGCCACUAUAAUUUACUAAGAUUAUAUUAUAUCAUCAAAUGAAAUUAUUUUAUUUUAAAAGUUCUUAGUUUAUCGUAAACAAUGAACUAGUUCUAUUUCACUGGAUUGAAGGGGUUACUUGCAUUGAUCUGUUUCAUAUUGAAAGUUGCAAGUUGCCUUUUCCAUCCUUUAUUUAUACCACUCAACUUUGAGGCAAAAAGAAGAAUUUUGUUUUAGGAUUCUAACCCCACUUAAAUUUGAGUUCCUGUUUAGUUUGAAUUGUUACUGGCAAUGGGGGGAAAAGGAAAAGCUUUCUAGUAUUGCUGUGUGAAGUGCUGCUUCAAGCAUGCUAUAAUGAAAAAACAUUUAGGAUUUGAUGUUUAAAAUACUAAGAUCAACGGUUUAUUUGUCUUAUUGCAGACUGCCAAUAUUUUUCUGCUAUCUGCACAAUGAAUUCCAUUUGAUUCCGACAUGCAUUUUACUUUGCAGUUGUCAUCUUUAUUACAAAACUGAUUACAGUUGUAUCAUGAUUAUUCUUCAUAUUGUAAAUAAAGUCUGUUAAUUUUAUUCCAUGGAAAUUUUUUUUGCAAACAAUAUCUUGGUAAUG